CCCAAGCCAGCUUUGGCGGUGCCCUCAGACGUGUCCCGGUUCCCGAGUUUCCCGAUCCGUCGAAAGCGGCGGCGAGGGCUCCUUGAACGAAAAGACUCAAAGUCCAGUGCUCCAGCCGAGGGGUCUAGGGGACCGCCACCGCCUCGCCACCAUGCCCAACUUCUCUGGCAACUGGAAGAUCAUCCGCUCAGAAAACUUCGAGGAAUUGCUCAAAGCGCUGGGGGUGAACAUGAUGCUGAGGAAGAUCGCUGUGGCCGCAGCGUCCAAGCCAACAGUGGAGAUCAAACAGGACGGAGACAAUUUCUACAUCAAAACCUCCACCACCGUGCGCACCACGGAGAUCAACUUCAAGAUCGCGGAAGAGUUUGAGGACCAGACUGUGGACGGAAGACCCUGUAAGAGCCUGGUGAAGUGGGAACGUGAGAACAAGAUGGUGUGCGAACAGAGGCUUCUGAAGGGAGAUGGCCCCAGAACCACCUGGACCAGGGAACUGACCAACGAUGGGGAGCUGAUCCUGACCAUGACGGCUGAUGACGUUGUGUGCACCAGGGUCUACGUCCGGGAGUGAGCAGCCGCGGGCUGAGAGCUGCCUGAGCCCACCACCACCCAUGCCCCCCACGCUGCUUCACUGCCCCACGGCUGCCGGCCUCCCCGCCAUGCCCAGCUAGGUAGUUCCCCCCUUACCCGGCUCACGUCCAGGGGUCGCUGGAUGCCUCUCACGGGGUCUGGCUUUCUUGGACCCCUUGCCUCCUCCCACGCGUCAACAAAGAGGGCUGGGUUGUGAGAGCCCAGAUGGCCCCUUCCGAAAUCACUCCCCACCCCCCACCCCGUCCCGCCCCAAGUUAGCAGCCCAGCCCCAGCCCCAGCCCCAGCCCCAGCUGUGUCUCCCUUUCUGAGACCUGAGGGCCUGAGUGGGGAAGGCUGGCUCUCUGGCUUCCACUCAUUGUCCCUGAACCCUUUUCAGUUUAGAAU